GUACAUAGUUUGUAAUCAUGAACAGUGCGGGUGUGUAGGUGAGUCAUACACUCACACGUCGAAAUACAUACCUGUCAAGAUAAGAUACAGGUAUAUUCGUGGCACAUUCGCGUCUCGAGAUUAGCAAGGAUCUGUCAUCGCAAACUAUGGCUGCUGUAGAAACCUGCCGCUGGGUGAAAGGCUGUCUGAGUCAGAGCAGCGUGCCCCCAGGAGCCCUACUGGUGGGCUGCGAUACGGACCACGAGGAGGUGUUCGCGGGGAGGGCGGAGCACGAGGGGCACACCGUGCCCGCCUUGGUCAUACCCUCGAAGAAUACCUGCUUUAUUUCUCAUGAGGGAGAAGAGGUCGCUGUAGACCGAUUUGAGGUCCUGGUUCCAGCCAAACUAUGCUGGCAAGUCACAUACGACGGGAUGGCACCACCUGCUGCAGUCGAAGCCGGGGAGACGGCAGACGGAGAGAAGGUCUACUACGGCAGAGUCUCGCAAGAUGGCGUCACGGUGCCAGGGAAGAUCCAAGCCAGUCUAGGCGGCUGCGUGUACGCAAUUGACGGGGAGGAAAGGACUGCGAGCGAGUACGAGUGUCUUGUCUUCUGUCAGUGUAGUACCGCAGUUGGAUCAGUUCGCAUCGCCAUGAGAGGACGUCCGUAUUACGGUUACGGCGGGAUGCCACCGCCAGCCUACGGUUACCCGUACCCACCCCCUGGUCCCGGCCAGCCUUAUCCUCCCCCCCAUCAUCCAUAUCCACCUGGAUACCCCGGAGUUUUCUAUCCCAUGGACCCUGCCUAUUUCUACCCUCCUGGGGGAGUCCAAGUCGUGGACAAUGCUGAACCAGCGGAGAUUGUGCCCCAAUUGCCCGGAGAGACUGUCGAGUUACCCUGGAGUACAUACAAGUGGGUGCCAGCUUGCCUGAGCCAGAACAGUAUUCCUCCAGGGGCUCUCCUGGUGGGGCGAGACGCGGAUGACGCAGAGAUCUAUGCUGGAAGAGCUCGCCAUGAGGGCGACGUCCUCCCUGCGAAGGUCAUUCCUUCCAAGAAUGCUUGCUACAUCUGCUAUGGAGGCGAGGAGAUCCUAAAAGAUCAAUUUGAGGUGUUGGUGCCAGCAAUGUUCUCGUGGCAGUUCUCAUCGAACGGGCAGAUUCCCCCCGGCGCGGUGGAGGCGGGCGUCACAGCCGACGGGGAGAAACUAUACUUCGGCAGGGUCACGCAUGAUGGAGUCACCACUCCUGGAAAAGUCCAGCCCAGCCACGGCACCUGCUACUAUCCCUUCGAUGGCGAAGAGAAGAACUCAAACGAAUAUGAGUGCCUAGUCCUAAUAUAAAAUAAGUGUUUAUAACGAGAUUCUACAUAGGUACAAUUUGCUGAUAAGACAUGUAGUUGCGCUUGGAUGGUUGAAGGAAAUCCAAAGAAUUGAACAGUACAACAAUUUUGUCUUUUAUUAUUUUAUUAUAAUUCACAUUUACUUCAGCAGUAUGUCCCCCAGAUGUUUAUUUUCUGUUUAGUUUUGACACCAUUAGGUAUUAUUUUAACAAUGGUGAUAUCCAAUUUUUGUUUUAGUUAAGUUUGUCACUUAGAAUUUUGUACUAUUUUAGAUUGGAUUAUGUGCAGUUUUUAUUUAGUUAUUUAUCUUUUUGAUUGUAAGUAUAUCAAAAGUAUGACGAUUAUGAUUAAAUCUGACUGGAAGCAAUAUUUUAUAAUACUUUUAAGAUUGUAUAUUAGGUUUUGUUUCGUUAAAUAAUAUUGUGUUUUUUUUUU